GGUAGAGCUCCUUCAGUCCUGGCUCAACGCUGCUGCUCACGGAGGACCAGCGCCUGCUGGGCUGGACAGCCCCAAGUGACUCUGCAGUCAUGCUGCAGUUGCUCCCAUUCUGGUGUCCUCUCCUUGAGAGCUGCCCUCGUGGAGACCUUUCAGACCGUGGUCAGAGCAAAUAACUCUUAGAAGAGGACCGAGCACACUCAAUAAGACACCGAUCUCUACUCAAGCAGAAGAUGGGCACAUUGCACUGAAUCCAUUUGUGAUAAUAGAAAAGCUACAGCAGGAAUUGUGGGUCACACGUGUCCACUCCACAGCACGAUGUCUGGAGAGAGCAAAGAUGCUGCUGCAGGCAGUGUGUGCCCAAUAGACUCUGAGUUUCGCUACAGCCUCUUCACUGUUUUCUACAGCAUCAUUUUCAUUCUGGGCUUUGUUGCCAACUGCUACGUGCUCUGGAUUUUCAGCCGUAUUUACCCCACUAAGAAACUCAAUGAAAUCAAGAUCUUUAUGCUGAACCUGACAGUAGCUGACCUGCUCUUCCUGGUCACAAUGCCACUGUGGAUUGUUUACUAUCACCACCACGGGGACUGGAUCAUGCCCAAGUUCCUCUGUAACGUGGCUGGCAGUUUAUUUUUUGUGAACACCUACGCUUCUGUUGCCUUCCUGAUGGUCAUUACAUACAACCGUUACCAAGCUGUGACGAAUCCUAUUAAAGCAGCUCAGUUUACCACCCAGAGAAGGGGUAUCUUUCUGUCAGCAGCCAUCUGGAUCAUAACAGUGGGCAGCGCUUUGUAUUAUAUUUUUGAUGAUAAUACGAACGUGGAGAAGAUUGGCUCAAAUAAUUAUACACGUUGCUUUGAGCGCUAUGACUCUACUGGCGAUGUUACACCUGUUCUUGUCAUUCACGUCAUCAUCUGCACCCUCUUCUAUAUCAUUUUCCUAUUUAUCCUGGCCUGGAACAUCAUCAUUAUCAGGACCCUGUUCUCCAAAUCAGGGCAGCAGCGGAAGAAAGCUCAUGUCAAACAAAGGGCGCUCUGGAUGGUUUGCACUGUGCUGGUUGUGUUCAUCAUAAGCUUUGUGCCUCAUCACAUCGUGGACCUGCCCUGGACACUGACUGUUCUGGAGCAAUGGAAGAAGGAAAACUGUCGCUUGCGCCAGCAGCUCAAUGAUGCUCACCAGGUGACUUUGUGCCUCUUGAGUAUGAACUGCGUGUUGGACCCAGUCAUCUAUUGCUUCCUCACCAAGAAGUUCCAGAAGCACGUAUCACAGAAUCUGAAAAGCAUGAAAGGGAGUCGCAAGUGCUCCAAGCAAACCACAGAUACGGUGAUUGAGGGCACCAUCCAUCAAGAGGAUGCUGUUGGGUUCUAGGUCAGUCGGUUUUGACUGCAGAGACCGAGGUACAUGAAUGAGUCACUCAUCAGACGAAGGCACGGAGGGACAUGACUGGAGCAGGAUAUUACUUUUCAUUUUUCCUGUUAGAGGAAUGAACGCUCAUUUGUGACAGGACAAGUGCACAAACUGGAAUGCAGGAGGUUCCCCCUGAACAUCAGGAGGAACUUUUUAAUGUGAGGCUGGCACAGAUUGCCCAGAGAAUCUCCUCCUUGGAGACCUUCAUAAGCCACCUGGAUGUGGUGCUGGGCAAGAGGCUCUGGGUGUCCCUGCUGAAGCAGGGGUUGGACCAAAUGGACUCAGAAGUCCCUUCCAACCUCUGUCGUUCUGUGAUUUCUUCUAUCGCUCUCAACUAGCAGAACUGAAACUUGUAAAAAUCUGUGAGAAAAGCAUCUGUCUGAGUUGUGGGCACUGCCAGCAGCUCAGGCAACCUGCUUUAACCUGAAAGAAAUGCGGUGAGUGUCUGCAGUGAGCAAAGUACACUGCGAUUAUCCAUUACGUCAGCCCUGAUAGCACCAUGCCUGGUCCUUCGCCUGCUCAGCUUCCAGGAAAAGUCCAGUAUCAGAGCUGUAAGACUUCUAAACAACCUGGUGGAACGUGCUGAGCAGCUGUUAGGAACUGGCUUUGCUCACAGCUUUUGUCACCAGACAAAGGUAACACAAGGAAGAGAAAUCGGCAGUGCCUCAGCCCCCAUCCCAAAUCAGCUCCCCAAAGGGGGCUGCUGUCUGCCCUGGUUUCUUGUAUGACUGCAGAACUGGAAAGUAAGUAGCCUCUUGCAUUCAGAUUUUGACUAGCUGGUAAUUUAGUGCCUGUGGAGAUCCCACCUCAUUUUGGAUGCCCUGGGUAACAGAAGACAGCUGUCAGCACGGGCAGUAUGAGGAGACAAAAAAAAACCAACUUUAAAUGCUUCUCUAUCUUCAUUCUUAUUUAUUUAAAUGAGGAUUGUAAAAAGCAACUGCGCAUUGUUCCUUCCUUCCAUUGUGCCUUUUUAUUUCUGCUGGCUGGUUCUUGAUAAUCUACCACAAAUGAAGUAUUAGGUUGGGUCACUCUCUGAGUAAACCAGUGAUGCAUAGUGAUGCAGUGCACUUUGCAGAGAUGAAAUACAUGCAAUUGGGAAAGACUUGAGAGUCCUCACUCAGGGCUGGCAGCAGCCAGUAGGGCCCUAGGGUAGUUUUCCAGGGGUGCCUAUUUCUGUUACAAGUCAUGAGACAAUUGAGGUUUAUUUUUCUGACUGUGAUUACUCAAUCCAGCACAGGAAACUGGGCAGGGCAAGGAAGGGAAGCUACUUGUUUUUAACAAUCAUUUUUUGGUUCCUCAAACUACAUGGGAGAGUCUGGCCGGUAACGUAAGAAAAGUCUAUCUGACAUGGCAAUACUUGUUGUGUUCUCAGCAGCUUUCACAUGCCCACCAGUUAUGAGGAGAAGGUGAAAGAAGAGCUGGAGUCUUUCCAAAGAUAAAGACCAACAUUGCUAUCAGACCUGUCUAUGCAUCAGUGGAGAUGGGUGUCCUUCAGCUGUAUCUCCUGCAGCUCCUCCAGCAGCUUUUGUGCUUAUAUGUGUAAAUGAGCAAAAGCACUAAAAGGCUUUUUUCUUUUUAAUGCCGUCUCUGAUGGUGAGCUGUGCACUCAAUUCUGUACCGGGCAGAGAGCAGAAUGUGACCAUGAGGCAAAUGCGUUCCCUCCUGGCUCCACUAUGGUCACUCACACAAAAUACCUGCUGACACCUCUUGGUAGACCCACGUUCAAAGCUUUGCUCCACAUCUGCAGCCACCCAGUGCACAGCGAGGAUCACAACGCUGCAUCUAAAAGCCCAAAUCCUGGGGAGCUGGAGGAACGUGCUUCAAUAUAUUUGCCCUCCUGAGAUGGCACAUUCUGGCUGAGAUGCUUUUCCAGCUGGCAAAGCUUUCCUCCUCACCACCUACAUGAUGGUAGAUCUCACUUGCUUCAUAGCUGCCAAAGCACCCGACAGAGCUUGAGUCUGGCAACUCUUGGAGGAAAUGGAAAGGGAUUAUUUGGUGUAUAAGUUGGUCUUCUAUAGAUCACUGGGAAACUUACAGCCAUGUUAAAUACACACAGGGUUAAAUCCACACAGGGCUAAAUCCACACAGGGUUAAAUACACACAGGAACAAAGCAAACAAACACAGAAACCAGCUGUAAGACAAGUGAGAGCUGAAGGGAACAGAUGGAAACUUGCUUCUAAGGGGAAGGGUGAACGGUGCAGGAACUGAGGCCACUUCACGGGAUGAUGUCGCAAUAACUAAGUCAGCAAAAAGCCAUUUUAAACCAAAUCUGACCUUCUGCUCCUGGCGCUUCUAUGUUGCAGGACGGGGGUUUGAUUUGCAGUUGAAACCUCAAACGUUCCUCUAAAUAAAGCGUGUUUCCAAA